UCCGCGGCGGAGCCCACUGGGGGUCGCGCUGGUUGGGUCGCGGGGCGGCGUGGUGUUGCUCUGAGGCUGCACAGCUCGGCUUCGCCCCGGGAAGGCCACUCUCCCAUUCAUUCAUCCCAGUGGCAGCCAUUUGCUCAGCGUCCCUUACUUUCGAAACGUUAUCCCAGUGAGUCCUGGGAGCUAGACGGGUGGAAGUGAGCGCAGGGUCACGCUGCUCAGCCCUGGGCAGGGCUGCCACCAGUGUGGUCCCGUGUCACCAGUAUGAGAUGUACACCAUCGAGCGGAAUGCCGAGAGGACUGCCACCGCCGGGAGGCUGCUGUACGAAAUGUUUGUGAGUUUCCCGGACCAGCCGGUGGUAUGGAGAGAAAUCAGCAUUAUUACAUCAGCAUUAAGGAAUGAUUCACAGGAUAAACAAACCCAAUUUUUAAGAAGUUUAUUUGAAACCCUUCCUGGUCGGGUCCAGUGUGAAAUGUUACUAAAGGUUACGGAACAAUGCUUCAACACGUUGGAACGAUCAGAAAUGUUGCUCCUUCUUUUGAGACGCUUCCCUGAAACAGUAGUGCAACAUGGGUUUGGCCUUGGGGAGGUACUUUUAGAAGCUGAAACUAUCGAAGAACAAGAAUCUCCUGUUAACUGCUUUAGAAAAUUGUUUGUUUGUGAUGUCCUUCCUCUAAUAAUUAACAAUCAUGAUGUUCGGUUGCCUGCCAAUUUAUUAUAUAAAUACUUGAACAAAGCAGCUGAAUUUUAUAUCAACUAUGUCACUAGGUCUACUCAAAUAGAAAAUCAGCAUCAAGGUGCCCAAGAUACGUCUGAUUUAAUGUCACCUAGCAAACGUAGCUCUCAGAAGUAUGUAAUAGAAGGGCUCACUGAAAAGUCGUCCCAGAUUGUGGACCCUUGGGAGAGGCUGUUUAAAAUUUUGAAUGUCGUUGGAAUGAGAUGUGAAUGGCAGAUGGAUAAAGGAAGACGAAGCUAUAGUGACAUAUUGCAUAGAAUGAAAGAUCUCUGCAGAUACAUGAACAACUUUGAUAAUGAAGCACAUGCAAAAUAUAAAAACCAAGUGGUUUAUUCUACUAUGUUAGUCUUCUUCAAGAAUGCAUUCCAGUAUGUCAACAGCAUACAGCCAUCUCUCUUCCAAGGUCCCAAUGCUCCAAGCCAAGUUCCCCUGGUUCUUCUUGAAGAUGUAUCAAAUGUGUAUGGUGAUGUAGAAAUUGAUCGCAAUAAACACAUACAUAAAAAGAGGAAACUGGCUGAGGGAAGAGAAAAACCCAUGCAGAGUUCAGAUGACGAAGAAUGUUCGACAAAAGGAAGAAAUCGUCACAUUGUAGUUAACAAAGCAGAACUUCCAAACUCCAUUGAAGUGUUAGAAAGCUUUAAAUUGGCCCGGGAGAGCUGGGAGCUUCUCUAUUCCCUAGAGUUCCUUGACAAAGAAUUUACAAGAAUUUGUUUGGCAUGGAAGACGGAUACGUGGCUAUGGCUAAGAAUCUUCCUCACGGAUAUGAUCAUCUACCAGGGUCAAUAUAAAAAGGCGAUAGCCAGCCUCCAUCAUUUAGCAGCUCUCCAGGGAUCACUCUCUCAGCCACAGAUCACAGGACAGGGGACUUUGGAGCAUCAGAGGGCACUCAUCCAGCUGGCGACCUGUCACUUUGCCCUGGGGGAGUACAGAAUGACGUGUGAGAAAGUCCUUGACCUGAUGUGCUACAUGGUACUCCCCAUUCAAGAUGGAGGCAAAUCACAGGAGGAGCCCUCAAAAGUGAAGCCCAAAUUUAGAAAAGGUUCUGAUCUGAAGCUUCUGCCCUGUACCAGUAAGGCUAUUAUGCCAUACUGCCUGCAUUUGAUGUUAGCCUGUUUUAAGCUUAGAGCUUUCACAGACAACAGAGACGACAUGGCUUUGGGGCAUGUGAUCGUAUUGCUUCAGCAGGAGUGGCCACGAGGAGAGAAUCUUUUCUUGAAGGCUGUUAAUAAGAUUUGUCAACAAGGAAAUUUCCAAUAUGAGAAUUUUUUUAAUUAUGUUACAAACAUUGAUAUGCUGGAGGAGUUUGCCUACUUGAGAACUCAGGAAGGUGGGAAGAUUCAUCUGGAAUUACUCCCCAAUCAAGGAAUGCUGAUCAACCAUUGCAGACCUUGUGGGUGGUCCCUCCAGAUGAGUGGCAGAGAUGUUGUGAACAGUGUACAGCUCCUCCCCUUGGGCCUUCUAGCCCUCCCAUGGGGUUACUGCAGCAGGAAUUCUUACCUGUGCUUCAGCCCAGCAUACAGACUGCUGACAGGUACCAAGUGGAAAACACCUGCUCAUAGUGUGCUGUGUGUCAACAUGUUUUACUGCCCAUGGUUUCCAGCUCUUUGUUCCUCAGUGCUCUUUUUCAUGCUUUAUUUAAUUUUUUUAAUUUGUUCCGCAUUCCUUGGCAAACCAUCUGGUUGUAAUAUUGUAACAUUUCCUAUUUUUUUUCCAUAAGUUGCCAGUGUGUUUGUGUCGAAUUUAAAAAUCAUUAUGGAUCUGGAAAAAAUACUUAUAUAAAGCUGUAUUAGAUUAAGCGCUAAAUUAUGAUUCACUUUUGAUAAAACAUGAAGCUUUCAGUCAUAAGUAUUUAAGAAUGCUGAAGUUUAAAUAAAUUUUUAUUCGUGGAUUUUAAUAUUAGUGACCAUACUGUCUGUGGUGUAAAUAAGCAUUAGCACAGCUUUUCUCCUGACACUGAUGCUAGUUUUUCAGACCUUGUCUUUCUGAAUUGAAAAUAUUUGAUAGGCUAAAUGAUGCCAUAUUUAUUAGCUAGUUUAUCCUUUUCUUACCCAUAAAAGCUAACUACAGUCAUCUGUCAUCUACUGAUGGGAAUGAGUUCUAAGAAAUUCCUCAUUAGGCAAUUUCUGCAUCAUGUGACCAUCAUAGAGGGGACUUACACAAAAGGAGGUGAUAUGACUAAUGCACACCUAGGUUAUAUGGGACCCGCGUGGUCCAUCAUUGACUGAAACAUCUUUCCUAAGUACAUGACUGUAAUUCCCAUGUUCAUCUAAACUUGCUAAAGGGCUAGAGGCUCCACUAGAACUAUCAUCAUGUGGGGCUACUCUUUAUAUAUGGAAACAAUACCGCUGGACCUCGCUUAGCAGAAUGGAGCAUUUAAUUACAUUUUGAUUGUAUUAAGGGGAGAAAUUGCCCCUCAACUUACUGCCUGCAAAUAUAUACUAGUUACUUCCGCUUGAGCAGAGGAUCGCCUCCAAUGUGAGGUUGCAGCCUGGGACCCAGCAGAGCAGGAUCAAGGUUGCAUCUAAUAGUCUGCAUCUGCUCCCAAUGGAACCCAGAGCCUCCACCCCACUGCCACCAUGUCCCAGCUCCUGAGUUCACCAGCCAGACUGGGUUAGGACAGUCCACAAAGAGCUGUGCGUUUUCCCCACAGCCCGAUGUUUCACUGCAUACUUCUUUUAAACAUCCAUGGGUGUAGUAGAAUGUUCUGUAAUAUCUUUACUAGUCUAACAAAGCCUGAUUUUUUUUCUUCUAUUGCAUUGCAAUUUUAUGCCUCCUGAUGCACUUAUUUUAUAUAGUUCAUACAAGUUUUAAAAACAAACUUUUAGAAUGAUCAAUAGUUUUGUUUGCACACUACAUGAAAAUCUCACUUUCCAGCUUGUCUAAAGAGAGUUAGGCGGUAGGGGCAGGGAACAAUGGUGGCUUUUGUCUGUCUCAGUCUACCACUUAUUACCAAACUAGUAACCAGAAUCCUUUCCUCUUAAUCGAGUCCACUGAUUUUUGCUGGAUUUUUCUUUUCCUCUCUGCAUUUUGUGGUCUUUAGUUUUCCAGGAUUUCAUUUGUGAUUUCCUUUUCUAAUACACAACUUUUGGGACACAGGGAGUACUUUGCUUGUGUUCCCACCGACCCUUCCACGCAGGGCCCUCCAAGUCUCCUGGACAGAUCUGGUCUUUCUAGGACUUUGCAGGCCUCUGUCAGUGAUUCUGCCUCUCUCCCAACCUGUGCCACAUUCUUGUCUCAGGACCCUCAAGUCCCCCUGCUUUCUCUCAAACAGAUGAGAGUCUGGAUGGGCGCAGUGCUCAGAGGAGCUUCCCUUUUCUGGCACUCUGGGAGAGGGACAGCAGGGACCCCAACGGCUGUGUUGAGGCCCAGUCCUUUCCAAGCCUUCAGGGAGCACCAGCCGCAGGGGCCCCAGUGGAAACUGUCCUCAGUGAUUGGUGCACUCUGGGUUCCCUCCUCUCUGCUGCUGCCUCUCCAGAGCCUGCUGUCCUGGCUGGACACAGCGCUUUGUGGCCAGUGUGGGUAGCAACCAUUCUGCCCCAAGUAACCGAAAUGUGUGCAGGCCAGAGGUGGGGAUGCAUACCGCCAGAGCUCCAGGAGUUCAAAAGCAAAGCAGGUGGCAAUUCAAGAACAUUCAGCUGUUUAAAAUAACUUGGUUUAGGGUGGGAAAGUGCCUCUAGCUUUCUGAGAAGAACAGGCAGGAGUGGUUGGCUGGUUGCAGCUUUUCUUUCUUUUCAUUUUAAAAAUGUGAUUAGAACGUUUUACUUAUUAUGCUUAGAAACGAGGCAGGCUUUGCUCCUACCAGGUAGCACUGGGCAGUGGUGCUGCUGCUAACGCCUGCUCUCCAUCUGUCUCCCUGUCCGCUG